GAGCUGGCGGGAGAGGUCUUGUGUGCUGUGCUGUGAGUGCUGCUGCUGCAGGGAGCUGACUGGAGAGCAUGGGAAACCGUGACCAGUGAGCUGUAAGGAAGACCACAAGCCAUGCCAUGAAUACAGUGACCUAUGAUGAUGUGCAUGUUGACUUCACUUUGGAAGAGUGGACUUUGCUGGAUCCAUCUCAGAAGACUCUCUACAAAGAUGUGAUGCUGGAGACCUACAGUAACCUCACUGCUAUAGGAUACAGUUGGGAAGACCAUAAUAUUGAAAAACACCAUCAAAAUUCUAGAAGACAUGAAAGGCAUGAAGGAAGCCAUACUGGAGAGGAACCUUCUAUAUAUACUCAAUGUGUUAAAGUCUUUGCAUACGACAAUCAUCUUCAUAGGCAUGGAAGAACACAUACUGGAGAGAAACCCUAUGAAUGUAAUCAGUGUGGAAAAGCCUUUGUAUGUUCCAGUAGUCUUCAAAGACAUAAAACAACACAUACUGGACAGAAACCCUAUGAAUGUAAUGAAUGUUGUAAAGCCUUUGGACAAAAGCGUCAUCUUCAAAGACAUAAAAAAACACAUACUGGAGAGAAACCCUAUGAAUGUAAUCAAUGUGGUAAAGCCUUUGGACAAAAAGAGUAUCUUCAAAUGCAUAAAAGAACACAUACUGGAGAGAAACCCUAUAACUGUAAUCACUGUGGUAAAGCGUUAGCUACAAAGAAAAAUCUCCAAUUACAUAUAAGAACCCAUACUGGAGAGAGACCUUAUGAAUGUAAUGUGUGUGGUAAAGCCUUUACACAACAGGGUUAUCUUCAAAUGCAUAAAAGAACACAUACUGGAGAGAAACCUUAUGAAUGUGAUCUUUGUGGUAAAGCCUUUGCAUUUCCCAAUAACUUCCAAAUGCAUAUGAAAACACACACUGGAGAAAAACCUUAUCAAUGUAAUCAAUGUGGUAAAGCCUUUGUACAACAGGGUGGUCUUCAAAUUCAUAAAAGAACCCAUACUGGAGAGAAACCCUAUGAAUGUAAUCUAUGUGGUAGAGCAUUCUCUACACAGAAAAUUCUCAAAUUACAUACAAGAACCCAUACUGGAGAGAAGCCUUAUGAAUGUAAUCUGUGUGGUAAAACCUUCUCUACACAGAGUAGUCUCCAAGCACAUAGAAGAACCCAUACUGGAGAGAAACCCUAUGAAUGUAAUCAGUGUGGCAAAGCCUUUGCAUUACGUAGUAGUCUCCAAGGACAUAGAAAAACACAUACUGGAGAGAAACCGUAUGAAUGUAAUCAGUGUGGUAAAGCCUUUGCAUUUCACAAUAAACUCCGAAUACAUGAAAGAACACACACUGGAGAGAAACCUUAUGAAUGUAAUCAAUGUAGUAAAACCUUUUCUUCACAGAGAAGUCUACAAGCACAUAGAAGAUCACAUACUGGAGAGAAACCCUAUGAAUGUAAUCAGUGUGGUAAAGACUUUGUCUAUUCUAGUAGUCUUCGAAAACAUUUGAAAAAACCAUACUGCAAAGAAACCCAAUAAAUAUAGUCAUUGUUGUAAAGUUUGCAUUUUACAUAGAAAUAAACCUUUUGUGUGCAAUCAAUGCAUUAAAGCCUUUGCAUAGUACAAUAGUAUUUGGGGACCUGAAAAAAAAUACUGGGGAAUUCUUAAUAUGAAGUAUUUGUUUAGAUGUUUAGUCAACACACUUACAUUCAGUUAUACAACAGUAUUCUGUAGAAAAAAAUCGACAGUGUCAACAAUCUGUUCAAGCUUUAUGAUGUCAACUUUAAUAUUGUCUGCACCUGCAAACUCAUGGAAAAAAUAAAUUUCUGUAUUUAUGAAGCCCUAUGUGUAGGGUAAAAGGGCCAGCCAAAGAAACAGAUCCUAACGCUGAAACCAGAGCCAGUGAGACACACACACACUUUGGUCCUGAAACCAGAGCCAAAGAAAAACACAUGAGUAGCAUGAAACCAACCAAUCCUUGAGCAGGAAAGUCAACCAGUCCCUAACAUGAAAUCCAGCCAAUCUAAGAUUGUCAAAGGUCAGAGUUUGUAAUGAGACCAAUUCCCACCCUGAAAAUAUUUUUAGUGGAAAAACUCCACCCCUAAGAAUCCCUAUAGCCAUGUGCAUGUUCAGUUGGAAGGUGCCCUUUCCCACCACUCUCCUGGAUUCUCCCCUCCUCAAUAAAUAUCUUGAAUGA